UAAUGUUCACUGUUAGCUAACCUUUUACAAGAAAAAGGGCAGUAAAUGAGCCAAAGUUAGAUGCACUUGACACUAACAAGCUAAUAAAAUUAAACAACUGAAAACUACAACUCCCAUAUCAAAGCCGUUAAAGAUGUUUCGGAAGUAAUGUUAAGAUGGAUCAAAGUUACAUCGACACGAUUAUAUUCUGAAAACAAAGCAGUUUUUGUGUGUCUUAUCAGUUUGUGUCAGUGAUACUGCGUGACAGAGGCAGGACGGUGCAGAUAUCUCUCAGCAGCCAAGCUCCACACAGUGCUGCUAUUGAUUUCCCGCAACAGUAACAAAGUGGCUGCAGUCCAAUCUUAGGAGGAAGGACAGAGGAGGAGUUUGGAAAAUAAACAUCACUCAGCUUGACUCAUGCUCACAAAGGUCUCUUCCUCUUCAUCCAUCCCCACACUCUAGUGUAGACAGGCCUCGAGUUUUGGAUGCAGGUUGUAUGUUUGCUGCUGUGCCUUGGCCCGGUGGGGGCACUUGCUGUGCUGCAGAAGGACCAGGUGGCCCAGCAUGCCCUCAAGCUUUAUCGGACCAAGGGAGUUAUACACGGCCACACCUGGGUGGCCGGCAAAUGCAAACGGCUGGUGGGCCUCUUGCAUCAGAAGAAUGUGGUUGUCAAGAAGCUGGCAGCAGCUGCAGAUGCUGUUGGUCGAGACCAGGCUCUCUCAGAACACGAGAGGCACUUCCAGGUUCAUACUCUAGAGGUUUUCCAGAAGGAGCUGAAUGAGAGCGAGCACUUGGUGUUUCAAGCGGUGCACAGCCUGCAGAGGGCACUGCAGGGCGACUACAGGGACGUGGUCAACAUGAAGGAGAGCAGUAGGCAGAGGCUGGAAGCUCUCAGGGAGGCAGCCAUAAAGGAGGAGCAGGAAUAUGUGGAGCUGGUGGCUGCUGAGAAACACCAACAGGAAGCUGUGAAGAAUGCUUUAUCCCAGAAUAAGACUCUGUCCAUGCUGGAUGAGAUCCUGGAGGAUGUUAGGAAGGCAGCAGACCGACUGGAAGAGGAGAUUGAAGAGCAUGCAUUUGACAACAACAAACAGAUGAAAGGAGUAAAUGUUGAGGCAGUGCUGAGAGUGGAGGAGGAUGAGGAGAAUGGAGGGAAGAGGAAAAACAAGUCUAAGCAGAAAGAAGUGGAGGAUGACCUGGGGCUGAGUAUGCUCAUUGACUCCCAGAAUAACCAGUAUGUCCUGACUAAACCACGAGACUCCACAAUGCCCAGAGCAGACCAUCACUUCAUUAAGGACUUGGUGUCCGUGGUGAUGUUGUCAUUGCCCUGUGGUUGGAUCUGCACUCUGGUUGGUCUUCCUCCGAUGUUUGGAUAUAUCAUCUGUGGAGUCCUACUGGGUCCCUCAGGACUUAACAGCAUUAAGUCUAUGGUCCAGGUUGAGACUCUGGGAGAACUUGGCGUAUUCUUCACUCUUUUUGUGGUGGGACUGGAGUUCUCACCUGAGCGCCUCAGGAAGGUAUGGAAGACGUCAGUUCAGGGUUCAUGCUACCUGAGCCUGUUGAUGGUUGGAGCUGGUUUGUUAUGGGGACAGGUUCUGCGAAUCCGACCCACUCAGACUGUCUUCAUUUCCACUUGUCUGUCCCUCUCCAGCACACCAUUAGUAUCUCGUUUCUUAGCAGGCGGGAGCAGAGGAGAUAAAGAAGGUGACCUGGACUACAGCAGUGUUCUCCUUGGUAUGUUAGUAAUGCAAGAUGUUCAGCUCGGCCUGUUCAUUGCUGUCAUGCCUACUUUGAUCCAGGCACAGAGUGGAGAUGUGGAAAACUUCCUGUUUGGAAGUCUCCGCGUGCUCUACCUCCUGGCUCAGGUCUUGGUUUCUCUGGCUGCUGUGCUACUGCUGUGUAUGUUAUUCAAAUCCUUCCUGAUUGGCCCUUAUUACAAGAAACUGCAUGCUGAGAGCAAAGGCAACAAAGAGAUCCUGGUGCUGGGGAUGGCAGCUUUUGUCUUUUUCAUGCUGACGGUGACAGAGUUUCUGGACGUUUCCAUGGAGCUCGGUUGUUUCCUGGCUGGAGCUCUGCUGUCCUCCCAGGGUCACAUGGUCACUGCAGAGGUCAUGGGAUGCAUCGAGCCUAUCAGAGACUUCCUGGCCAUCAUCUUCUUCGCCUCUAUCGGUCUUCAUGUGUUCCCAACAUUCGUGUUGUAUGAACUCACCAUCCUGCUGGUGCUGACACUCACACUGGUCAUAAUGAAGUUUGUUAUGGCUGUGCUGGUGUUGUCGGCCAUCUUACCUCCGGGGUCUCGGCACAUACGUUGGGUCGUCUCAGCUGGAUUAGCGCAGGUCAGCGAGUUCUCCUUUGUUUUGGGCAGUCGAGCACGUCGCGCUGGCAUCAUCUCCAGAGAGAUCUACCUACUGGUUCUCAGCGUCACGACUCUCAGUCUCCUACUCGCACCAGUCCUCUGGAGAGUCACCACUCACCGAUGGGUUCCUCGAGGUGAGCGUAAAACAGUCACAUGACGUCUCGUUCCAAACCAGCUUCAGGGCCAAAAAGUUUCCAUUUUUCAUAGCAAGCAGUGGCAUCAUGAUCCAGCAGAAGGUGGCCCUUGUGUUAACGCACACAACAACGCAACACAGCUUGCUGAUUAUUGCACAUCAUAUGGACCAAAAUGUUCCAGUCUGGAUUUUUGAUUAAGUAUCGUACUUUGCAAGUAAGGAAAGGCACAGGUACAUCUAUAUCCGUCUAUAACAGACUGUUUGUGAUUGUUAAAUUAAAAGAUUGCCAUUUCUGUCAUGGCUGAAAUUUAGAUUUUAAAGGGCAGAAACUCACUUUACUUUGUUUACUUUGGUACGAAGCUCAUACAGUAUUAGCUGACAGAUGAGUGGAGAAGCACAAGCACAUUCCUGUUGUGAAAUGUGCAUCAAUGGGAGAAAACCGAUCCUUUUCCCUCUGGUACCUUUGGGCUGAUGUAGAAUGAAUCAUUUUCAUUUGUUGUGGCACUGUAUUGUUUUUCCAAUCUGUUUGCUUUUCACAAUCAUAAGGACCAAAUCAUAGGAAGAGGGUAAUAAAUUGUAUUUCUUUUUUUAAAUUUUUCAGAUUUUCUAACACUUGAUCUACCUGCGGUCUAUGAACAUUUAUUUUCUAUCCCAGAUGUGGUUCUAGGCAGAUGAUGUUACUGCACAUUUACAAAAACAUAUCUCCUUAUAACUACAUUUACAUUCAAUUAACUGUUUAUUUAAUGGUUAAUAAUACAAUGUACAGUGUUUCUGAUCAUACAUACACUUUUUCUUCUAUGUGGUUUUAAAGCUGCCUCCAUCACUGACUUUAUUCAUAUUUUGUGGAAGGACCUCCGUCUUGCUGGCACUUAUAGGUUUUUGAUUAAUGUACUACUGUGAAUGUAGCUGUGAUGAAACACUGUAGUGUUACUUUAAAAAAAAACGACAAUAAUUCUAUUUAUAACAACUGUAACCUGCUCUUUUUCUGUCAUAUUUAUGAAAACCUGGGAAUGACACAUAUAAGUAAAAAGUAAAAAGUGAAGUAUGAAUAAUAUUUAGGCAUCAGAUAACAGUUAAUAAAAACUACAUUAAUUAGAGUUUCAGAAUUCACUGGUACAUAUAUAUAAGGUCCUGCACUACUUAUCAUUGAAUGUCAAACUGAUGUGCCUGUUCAAUGCUCCACUGCACUAUAAGGAAGUCUUAAAUGAGUACAGUCUCAUUGUGAUAGGGAGUUUCUGUGGCAUCUUGUAAUGUAAAUGUCAUUGUCUUACUCUUCAUAAUGUGCAAUGUGAAUAUGUAACAGCUACAUAGUAUAUUUAGUUUUUAUAUUGUUUUGUUUUUUUGUUUUUGUUUUUUUAGUGCAAAGGGUGUUUUCUUUACUUUAAGGAUUGAGUUUACAUUGAUGUGUGAGUGGAUGUAAUUGAAGCUUCCAGGAUCAUUAAAUGUUUUGUACAGCUCUCAUCAAAACAUCCAUGUAUUCUUAAGUUGUGCAACUUAUGAACUUAUUUAUUAAAAUUCACUCAACAAGGAA